AUGCCUUGCUACUCAAGUGACCAGUUCAUAAAGGAUUGGCGAUACGCCGUGAAGCAAGACUUCAGUACAUCUGAAGGAAACCCCUUCCCAUACGCCGAGAACGGCAAACAGCAAUGGGAUGAUGAGACCAAGAAGCUUACUUUCAAAAGACAGCCUCAUGUUGGUUCCGCAAGCAGCAAUGGAAAGUAUCUCGCUCUUGGAAUCGAUCAUGUCAUCCAUGUCCUCGAUACCCAGAGCUGGGACACUAUUGCGAUUCUGAGGGGGCAUACAAACAAAGUCGAGACCCUUUCGUUCCGGCCUGGCCGCUCAGAUGUGCUGGUAUCGAGUGAAGAGCAGGUAUACGACGAUCUGGGGCAAACUGAGCCACCCACGAUUAUUCUUUGGAACAUCGAAGAAGAACGAUCAGCACCGAGGCUGAGUGACGAUCACCUACGAAAUGCCUCUCAGGCUGCCCUUUCAGCUGCCGCAGAAAGGUUGGCGGAUGCCGGUAUCAAUCUGAACAAAGACGAACUCCACCGUCUGGAGGAAACCAUCGAACCUGCUAUCAGUCGCACUGUCUCUAAGCAUAUUGCGGCCAGUAAAGUGACCAUAGAAGGUCGACUACACUCAGCUCAUGAGUCUCAAAUCUUCAGUCCUUCAGGAAAGUGGAUGUCCUAUUUUCCAGGGGAAUCUCCCGGUUCGAAUGGUGACGAUCCAUGGGAUAUCCAGAUCGUUUCCUCGGAUGACCUUUCCAAGGGCUUGCUUCUGAAGGGCCAUACGGAUACAAUCACGUGGACAGGAUGGAACCCUGAUGAAUCACUCUUUGCUUCUGUGUCAUGGGACGAAUCCAUCCGUAUUUGGGAUGCCACUACGGGGCAGCAGAAGUACAAAUUCAAGACCGAGGGACAGAAUUGGGCAGGCGCCUUUAGUUCCGACUCGACUUACUUCGCAGCAACAGACGGACCUAGCAACGUCUGGAUCUAUUCCAUGGCUGAUGGAGAACAGCACUGGGUCUACAAAGGGAAACGCUCUGAUGACUGGAGACGGACUCUUGCUUGGCACACAACUAAGCCGUGGCUCGCCGUUGGUGGAGAAAACAGCGGUGAACUACUUCUCCUUGACGCGGGCGAGAAGAAGUUGCUGCAGAAGAGACUAUUCUCUACUGAUGCCUGUCCAGUGGACAAGGAGUCUCGCGAUAUGAUGAGAGGUUUUGUUGGGACGAUGGAAGUAAGAUUUUUCGAUCGUGGGGGGAAGCUCGCAGUUUGGACCUUUGGUGACUGGAGUAUCGAAGUUUACGAUCUCAAGGAGGAAGUCAAGUGGAGGUUUUCAAGAGGUGGAACAGAAGAUGGGCCCAAUGCUGGCAAGUGGAGGAAUGGACAGGGGAAGGUUACGAGUAAGGGGGGCUGCGAAAUGGUGGCUUGGGAGGAUCACUCGAAGGGAUCGCUGUUUCUUGCCAGCAUCGACUUCGACGGCGUCCGCCUUUGGGAAGUCCCACUGACAUCUUGA